AUGAGUAGUGGUCAGGGUCUUUCUAAAUUAAAAAAGAAACAUUUUCGCGUGAAACACCAAAAAGUCAAGCUGUUCAGGGCGAACGAGCCGUUUCUGUCGGUCUUCAUGUGGGGCAUCAACCACACUAUUAAUGAACUCAUGCACGUUACUAUUCCAGUGAUGCUUUUACCCGACGAUUUUAGGGCCUAUUCCAAAAUCAAAAUCGAUAAUCACCUGUUCAAUAAGGAGAACAUGCCUUCGCAUUUUAAAGUCAAAGAAUAUUGUCCCAUGGUGUUUAGGAAUAUCAGAGAGAGAUUCGGUAUCGAUGAUCUCGAUUAUAAGGAAUCGUUGACGAGGUCGCAACCGUUACCCGACGAUUCGUCCGGCAAGAGCGGAGCGAAAUUUUACCUAAGUUACGACAAGAUAUUCAUCAUUAAAACGCUGACAUCCGAAGAAGUCGAGAGGAUGCAUUCCUUCCUCAAGCACUAUCACCCAUACAUCGUAGAAAGACACGGAAAGACGCUCCUGCCGCAAUACCUCGGAAUGUAUCGACUGACCGUGGACAAUGUGGAAACGUACAUCGUCGUCAGCAGGAACGUGUUCUCCAAUCACCUGAGCACGCACAGGAAAUUCGACCUGAAAGGCUCCACCGUCGACAGGGAGGCUUCAGAGAAGGAACGGGAAAAGGAACUGCCCACGUUGAAAGACAAUGAUUUCGUUAACGAACAAAUGAAAGUUACAAUAGGCGAGGAAGCGAAAUCUAAAUUAAUGGAAACCCUGUCGGCUGACGUCGAUUUCCUGACUAAAUUGCACUUAAUGGACUACAGUUUGUUAUUAGGUAUACACGAGGUAGAAAGGGGCGAGCAGGAGCUGCAACGGCAGCGGGAACUCGAGGCGGAGAAUCCGCAGGAAUCGGACGAGAGCGAAUCGGGCUCGGGCUUGGAGAAUCGAACGAUGGGAAUGGCGACGCCGCCCGAUUCGCCCAACGCCUUCGGGCAGUAUUUGCACCGCGAGCACAGCCUGCAAUACGAAGGUAAAUUUAAUAAAAUUUACCAGUACUUAGACUUAGUGACAGGCGGCAUAAUACCGGAAUUGGACAUUUACGCGAUACCGAGCUCGGAAUCGGCGCCGGUCAACGAGAUCUACUUCAUAGCGAUCAUCGACGUCCUGACGCACUACGGCGUGAAAAAGCAGGCCGCCAAGGCGGCGAAGACGGUGAAAUACGGUUCGAACGUGGACGGCAUCAGCACCUGCGAUCCCGAACAGUACGCCAAAAGGUUCAUCGAUUUCAUGUCGAAGGCCAUCGAGUAG